AUGGCGGACCCUCACCACGGCAGCAGACCGACCACAACAACAACGCCGAGCUAUGCCUCGGCCACAAAUGAAAUAACUCACUACCUCAAUGUAGAAAAUGCAAAAAUAGUUGCCUUUGUUAUGGUUGUGGGCUUUAUUGCCUAUCACGGGAUAAUACACCUGAAAUACGGUAAUGAUUCCUGCAAAUGGCUUUUAAGUGAUGGACGCUUUCCUGGUUAUAGUACCUGGCAGCCUUAUGGGUGCAUGACGCACAAGUACACCAAGUCAGAUGUACGAAUGUGUAUGCAUUAUAUAUCUUAUUGGGGUGGACGCAAUCACAUAGCAUUUGUUGGAGACUCACGGAUACGACAGCUUUAUUUUGAAUUUAUGAAUUUGGUGAGCACCAGUGAAGUUAAAGAGGGAAAAGAGCACAAAGACAUACAUUACAUUGACGACCAAAUCAGUGCCAGCGUGGAUUUCCUUUGGCAUCCUAUGGUCAAUACCUCAAUGUAUUAUGUGUACAAAUCUUGGUUGAUGAGUGGCCCUACUGCUCGGCCAAACUUGAUCGUCACUGGAAGUGGUACGUGGAGUAUAAAACUUAACAAUGCCAGUGAACAGGCUUUAAAAAACUUUGAAGUCAACCUUACCAUGAUUGUGCCCUUCUUGAACAAACUGAAAAAUACCGCCUCAAUACUUUGGAUGCUACAAGAUCCAGUAAAUGAGGAAAAAUUAUCAAUCAACCGUUCCAUGAUCACUAACCAACAGAUUGAUGACUAUAAUAAAGUGGCCAUUCAAAUCUUGGACAACAGUGCAGCUAACAUCUGGAGCUCCUCUCGGCUGGUUGGGCAGGGGCUAAAAAAGGAAUCUCUGGAUGGACUGCACAUUCCUCGAUCAGCUCUGGAAUUGGAUGCACAGAUUUUGUUCAACAUGUAUUGCAAUGAUCAUAUGAAUUACAAUGAUGGAACUUGUUGUCGAAGUCCUGAUCCUGUAUCUACCUUGCAACUAAUCACAGCAGCAACAUUUCUUGUUUUAAUUAUCUCGGCCAUAGCCCUAUGGGUUUACCGACGAAGAAAAACUCGAAGAAAUGGAGUUAAAGCCAGAGCUGAAAAUGGACCUCGUAAUGGACAAACAAGCUCCCAAAAUAACAGCACAGAUACAUGCCAAGAAAUUCUUACACAUCUGGCCAAACUGGGGAUUAUCAUGUUUUAUUUUUACCUUUGUGAUAGGACAAAUUUCUUCAUGAGAGAAAAUAAAUAUUACACACAUGUGAACUUUUUCCUCCCCUUUGCCUAUGUUAUGAUUCUGGGAUUCUUUUUUACUGAACCAACAGAACAGACGAGUGUGUUACACAGAGACCAAACUGACGAAUGGAAAGGCUGGAUGCAACUGAUAAUUUUGAUUUAUCAUUUUACUGGUGCCAGUCAGGUUUUACCUAUCUACAUGCAUGUACGAGUUUUGGUGUCAUCAUACCUUUUUCUCUCAGGCUAUGGCCAUUUUACUUACUUCUGGCAGAAAGGAGAAUAUGGCCUCUUCAGAUACUGUCAGCGUGGGUGUCGCCAUAUCUCCCUCUAUUGGCAUACAAGAAAGAACAGUAUCCACCGUCUCCUAGAAGUUUUAUUCCGGUUGAACUGCUUUGUAUUCACUCUGUGUUUUGUGAUGGACAGGCCUUACCAAUUUUACUAUUUUGUGCCAUUAGUUUCCUUUUGGUACAUCAUUGUUUACAUCACAAUGGCAGCCUGGCCACAUGUGACUAAAUCUACAGCUGAGACCAAUCUGUUACAUUAUCUUUAUAUGAUUUCAAAGUUUGUGGUGCUUGCUGUUGUCAUCACAUUAUUUUAUCUUUCCGAGGUCUUUUUUGAGAAAGUUUUUCUUUCUCGGCCUUUCAAAGCAUUAUUUGUUACCUCUGAUGAUUCUAUACGAGAAUGGAGGUUCCGUUGGCAGUUAGAUAGAUAUAGCACAUUGUAUGGCAUGUUGUUUGCCUUUGGGUAUCAGUUGCUGAUUAAAUACCGUAUAAUAGAUGACAGUAAUAGAGAGACACUUUUCUCCAAAGGAAUUUCUUGGUGUCUCUGCAUUUUUUCUAUUUUGGGCAUUGCAGGUUACACAGUGUUUGCAUGGGUCUGCAGCAGUAAGCCCCAGUGCAAUGAUGUUCACUCUUACCUAACAUUUUUACCUAUUAUUUCAUAUAUCAUUUUGCGUAAUGUCCCUGGCUGGCUUCGGACAAAAUACAGCACAUUUUUUGCUUGGUUUGGGAAAAUAUCUUUAGAGUUAUUCAUUGCCCAGUAUCACAUUUGGCUGGCCUCUGAUACCCACGGCAUCCUCGUGCUGGUUCCUGGCUACCCUGUACUGAAUGUGGUGAUCACUUCCUACAUCCUAGUGUGCAUCUGUCACGAGAUCCACUGCAUUACAACUGGACUGGUGAAGUACGCUGUCCCUACAUUCUGCUCCCGGUCUGCAUUAGCCAGGGAGCCCUGGUCUUGUGAAGAGACAAAGCAGCAAGAGCAUGUCUGUGAUGUUGAUAGCAAAAGCAAAGAAAAAGAAACUCUGCAAAGACGUCGGGCAGGCGGGGGUGAGCAAGAUAAAGAGAGGACGCAUUGA